GCCGAAAGGUUCUGGUAGAGGAAAGCUCCCUCAGCUCUUUCUACUCGGUCUCCUCUCUUUAGGCGGCGAUGGCGGCGGCAGCAGCCGCAGCGACGCCGCCGACGGCGCACUGGAGUCGUUUCGAGCAGGAGCAAGACGUGUCCGUGCGGGAGCUGAUUCGGCGAGUAACGGGCCUGAACGAGCAGAGGAGGGACGAGGCCGGCCACUUCCAGGCGGCGCUGAACUUCGCCUGGUCCAACUUCAGAUUUCAUCGAUUUCUUGAUGUCAGUAGUCACAAAGUGGAGAAAAUAAUACAAGGACUUUAUGAAAAGCUGGUAGUUCACUCAGACCUUGUUAAAGCUGCAAGCUGGAAGAGACUAACAGAAGAGUUUCUGAAUUUGCCUCUUCCAACCACUGAAGGAGCAAAGACAGAUACCCAUUAUGCCAUACUCUCUUUUCUCCUAUGCUUGUCUGAUUCUCCUUCCAACACCAGUUAUGCAGAAAAGCCAAGAGAAAAAGAAGUGGAAAAAGAAGAAUUUGAUUGGGGAAAAUACUUAAAGGAAGGUGAAGAAUUUGACUUUGGUCCUGAUGUAGAAACACCAGAGUGGUCUGAUGUAAGUGAUGAUGAAGAGGAUACUGAACCUUUGAGUAGGGAGGACUCUGGCAUUCAAGUGGAUAGGACACCACAAGAAGAUCAGGAUCAAAACAAGAAGUCAGCUUCUCAUGUCAACUGGAAAGGUGAGCCUGAUGCACGCACCUGGCUGGAACAACAUGUUGUUGCUCGAUACUGGACUGGCAGAGCUUUUCGUUUUCCCCAUAGUUUGCAUUUUCAUUCCAAUUUAGCUGCUAUAUGGGAGCAGCAUUUAUAUAGUAGUGAUCCCUUAUACAUGCCAGAAGAAAGAAUUAUUGUCUCUGAAACUCAGGUCAUUCGUGAAACAAUUUGGCUUCUUUCAGGUGUGAAAAAUCUCUUUAUAUUUCAACUGAAUGAGGGAAAGAUUACUGUCAGAAAUGACAUCAUGGUAACCCAUUUGACCCAUAACUCAUUACGAUCAAUGCUGGAGCGUAUAGCAGCAUAUGGGCAAGUUGUAUUUAGGUUGCAAAAAUUUAUUGAUGAAGUCAUGGGUCACAGCUCAGAAAGUGGAAUACAUGGAACCAUGUCCACUCCCAAGAAAUCUGCAGAAGCCCCAUUUAGAACAUAUCAAGCUUUCAUGCGAGCCCUCUAUAAAUAUUUCAUAAGUUUCAAAGAGGAACUUACUGAAAUUGAAAGGUGCAUAAUCAACAAAGAUACUACAAUCACUCUUUCCAUAGUCAUGGAUAAGUUGUCACAUCGACUAGCACAGCUAAAGGUACUUCAUAAAGUUUUUAGCACUGGAGUUGCAGAAGUACCACCUGACACUCGCAAUGUUGUAAGAGCAUCUCAUUUGCUUAAUACAUUGUACAAAGCUAUUCUUGACUAUGACAACGUUGGAGAAGCCUCUGAACAGACGGUCUCUCUUUUGUUUUCUCUCUGGGUUGAAACAGUAAGGCCAUACUUACAGACAGUGGAUGAGUGGAUUGUCCAUGGUAAUUUAUUUGAUCCUGCUAAGGAAUUUAUAAUUCAAAGAAACAAAAAUGUUCCAGUUAACCAUAGGGAUUUUUGGUAUGCCACUUACACUUUGUAUAGUGUAUCAGAGAAGACAGAGAAUGAAGAGAAAAUGAGUGACAAUGCUAGUGCCAGUUCUGGCAGUGAUCAGGCACCCUCAAGCAGACAGCACACCAUGGUUUCUUUUUUGAAACCAGUACUAAAACAGAUAAUCAUGGCUGGAAAGUCCAUGCAGUUGUUGAAGAAUCUGCAGUGCACAGAUGGCUCUCCACAGCAGGCUGCAUCAAGAGAUGUCGAAAGGAAGAGCUUAUACACAUUAUUUCUGGAGUCUGUGCAGUCGCGCCUGCGGCAUGGGGAAGAACCUGUUCAGGAUGUUAUUACAGAACAGCAGGCUACCAAGCAGAGCCUAAUAAAGAUGCAGUCUAUUGCUGAAAGACAUUUAGAAUUGGAUGACGUUCAUGAUCCCUUGCUGGCUAUUAAUUUUGCAAGAUUAUAUUUGGAACAUGGUAACUUUCAUGAGACACUUACAGGUGACGAUGUUUGUGUGGAUAGAUCAUCUGAAUCAGUUACAUGCCAGACAUUUGAACUGACACUGAGAUCUUGCCUUUAUCCGCACAUAGACAAGCAGUAUCUAGAGUGCUGUGGAAAUUUAAUGCAAACUUUGAAAAAAGAUUACAGGCUGGUAGAGUACUUGCAGGCAAUGAGAAAUUUUUUCUUACUUGAGGCCGGCGAUACUAUGUAUGACUUCUACACAUCAAUUUUUGAUAAAAUACGAGAGAAAGACACAUGGCAGAGUGAACCAUUCCUUAAUGUCCAACUUCAAGAAGCAGUUGGACAGCGUUAUCCAGAGGACAGUUUAAGGUUGUCUAUAUUGUGCGAAAAUAUUGAUUUAGCAAAGAAAAAGCUUCCUGUCCAUACCUUAGAUGGCCUUAUUCUGAGUUAUAAGGUCCCUUGGCCUGUGGAUAUAGUUAUAAGUGUGGAGUGUCAAAAAAUUUAUAAUCAAGUGUUCCUUCUAUUGUUACAAAUAAAGUGGGCAAAAUAUAGUCUGGAUGUGCUAAGAUUUCAUGAACUAGUCACGGCAGCAGAAAAGCACCCGAGUAAAGGAGGAGCUGCACUCGAGGAAGAACCACUUCCUCAGUUUGGAUCACAGUUGGAGCCCAUUAAACAACAGACUCAUCGCAUGUUUCUUUUAAGGAUGAAACUCAUGCAUUUUGUUAACAGCCUGCACAAUUACAUCAUGACCAGGAUACUUCAUAGUACAGGUUUGGAAUUUCAGCAUCAAGUAGAAGAAGCAAAAGAUUUAGAUCAACUGAUUAAAAUUCAUUAUAGAUACCUUUCUACAAUUCAUGAUCGUUGCCUCCUGAGAGAAAAGGUUAGUUUUGUGAAAGAAGCUAUAAUGAAAGUGCUGAACUUAGUACUGAUGUUUGCAGACCGUUGGCAAGCUGGUUUGGGAGCUUGGAAAAUGGAAUCCAUAACCAAGAUGGAAUCGGAUUUUAAAAACUGCCACAUGUUCCUUGUGACAGUACUGAACAAAGCAGUCUGUAGAGGCUCCUUCCCACAUUUGGAAUCUUUAGCUUUAUCGCUCAUGGCUGGAAUGGAACAAAAUUAGCAAAAUACAAAAUUGCAUGAAACUACUCAAACUCCUGCAACAUCUUCUUUCCAACGUAAUUCAGUACUGAACUAACUUGAGAUAUCGCUUACUUGAAAUAUAUUUUGGGUUGGUGUUUUGAAUUAUUUGUGUCUUAGGAUUUCAGUAUCUGUAGAUAAAUACCUGUGUGUAUGUGGUUGAUACUGUAAAAAAACUUUUGCUUGUAAAUAAAGUAUUUAUUGAUGCAGUUAUUUAUAUGCCAUUUUCUAUAUUAUAUGUUAUUCUGACCAGGUCAUGUCUGUCUUUUCCUCUGUGAGGAACAAACAGUUACUAAAAUGAAUGCUGCAAAAACAAACUUCUAAAAUUUCCAUUAACUUGGCCCCUGCAGUGACAGUAAUGUAUUAUCAAGAAACAUUGGACUGAGUUCAUUUUCUUUUAAGACGUAAUUACAAUUCAGCUGUAGUACUAUGACAAAUAUUUGUACUGUGUUUUCCAUGGAAAAUGAAUGGUUAUUGGUAUAGUUAAAGUACUUUAUGCCAAGAUUAAUUCAUUGGACAAUAUGAAAUUUUAACAUAUGGAAUGCCUGGCAGUUUGAAAAAAGUUCAUUUAAAUUUUGUUAUCUUAAUUGCCAUCAUGACUAUCCAUGUAGUAGAAUGUACUGUGUUUGCAUUACCUGUUUAUAUAAUAUGUAAAGAUUAGAAUUCCUUUCCUAUGCUGCAAAUGUAUUUUUAUUGUAUUUUUACCUGUUAGGAAACUUGAUAUCAAGUUACUGAUUCUGGAAGGAACUGCAUGAGAAAUGUAUAAUAAAGGUUGAGGAGGACUGGGUUAUUUAACUAUAUGUGAUGAUAACUACAUUGUCUGAGAAAUGGCUCCAGUAGCUCUUGCUUCUUUUAUAAGAUACUGAGCUAUGAAGCCUGGUAUAGAGCACAUAUAUCUGUGUGUGGGAAUUUGGUUAAUUGUUUGCUUGGCUUGGGGUUGCCUUAAUAAAUAAAAUUGUUGGAAUUA